AUGGAAGCAAAGGGAUCAAGACAGUAUAGCUCUAUUAUAGUUCCAUCUGUUCAAGAGAUGGUAAAAGACAAGACGAUCACGACAGUUCCUCUCAGGUAUGUUCGGUCUGAUUUAGACAAAGCUGAGAUCGCUGAUGACUCUGUUCUAAGAAACGAAAUCCCUAUUAUCGACAUGAAUCGUUUGUGUUCUUCAACCUCCAUGGACUCUGAGAUUGAUAAGCUCCACUUCGCUUGCAAAGAAUGGGGAUUUUUUCAGCUUGUAAACCAUGGAAUGGACUCGGGAUUCUUGGACAAAUUCAAGUCGGAGAUUCAAGAUUUGUUCAACCUUCCCAUGGAAGAGAAGAAGAAGCUUUGGCAACAACCAGGAGAUCUGGAAGGGUUUGGACAAGCCUUUGUGGUUUCAGAAGAGCAGAAACUAGAUUGGGCAGACUUGUUCCUCCUUACCAUGCAACCUGUUGGAUUACGCAAGCCUCACGUGUUCCCCAAGAUACCUCUCCCCAUUAGAGAUACACUGGAAACGUAUUCAGACGAAGUGAAAAGCAUAGCCAAGAUCUUAUUCGCGAAAAUGGCCAGCGCUCUAAAGAUCAAACCCGAAGAAAUGGAGAGCGUGUUUGAUGAUGAGUUAAGGCAGAGGUUGAGGGUUAAUUACUACCCGCCUUGUCCACAGCCCGACCAAGUAAUCGGUCUGACUCCGCACUCCGAUGCUACUGGACUCACCAUACUUUUGCAGGUUAAUGAAGUGGAAGGUCUCCAAAUCAAGAAAGAUGGCAAGUGGGUUUCUGUCAAGCCUCUCCCAAAUGCUUUCAUUGUCAACGUUGGAGACGUCUUAGAGAUCGUGACGAAUGGAACAUACCGAAGUAUAGAGCAUCGUGGGGUUGUGAACUCAGAGAAAGAGAGGCUUUCUGUGGCAUUAUUUCACAUUGCGGGAUUGGGUAAAGAUAUUGGUCCGCUGAGAAGUCUCGUGGAAAGGCAAAAGGCUGCGUUUUUCAGAAACGUGACCACCGAUGAGUAUUUGAAAGGCUUGUUCUCCCGCGAACUCGGUGGGAAGUCUUACCUCGAUGUCAUGAGAAUCUAA